GCUCGGGAUGGCUCUUCUAGAGUCUUUAAAAGGGUCAUUUGCUGUCAGGCAAUGGUGGAGAGACACAAAGAGCCUGAGGCUGGGGACAUGCUUACCCACUCCGAGCAGCAAGGGGAUGAAGUUGGUGACUUUCUGCUGGAGCUUGAGUGCUCAGAGCUUGGGUGUGCAUGCACUUCAUCUCCUGCUUCCUCCUCAAGGGCUGGGGAGAGGAGCCUGACUUGUGUUCCCUGCCCCAGACUUCGGAAUCUUUACCCAUCUUCCUGCCCAUCCAGCAGUGAUGCCCCCUGGACCGAGGGAGAGCAGGACACAGGAUGUGGUGCCGGUGUCUGCCACAAUCCUGCCACAAUCCUGCCACAAUCCUGCUUUCCUACCAAGAGUGCAGUCUCCUCCAGAUCCCUGUUUUUCUGCCCAUGAAAUGGGGUGGUUCUGGGACAGGCCAGAGGUUGUAGUUUCCAUGGAGAUGCCUGUCUCAGCAAGUGGUGUUAAAAGUGCCAAAGAAGAGACGUCAGAGGAGAAAGGAAGGGCCUCGGAAGGAACAAGACUCUCCAAAGGGGUCAGGUGGGGUCUCGGCCUGCAGCUUAACCUCCACGUGAGGCCCCAAAGUGUGACGUCAUUUGCCAGCGCUCAGGUUCUCAGAACAAGUCCCUCUGCCUCCAGGGUCACUCUUUUUUUCCUGCAGAGCUCCCGUUUUGAUCCCUCCCCGCCCAGGGGUGCCCACCCCAAGCACAACGCUUUCCCCAGGGCCUGACAGCUUCAGAAAUUGGGGGCAAGGGGACAUAAGAAGGGAGUAGGGCUAGAAUGAUUCCUGCACUGGGUCUGGAGGAGGGAGGAGCACUUCCUUACCUGAGGGCCCAGCCUCUCUCCUUGUUUGCUCUGAGAUAGCCAGUCUCUUUAGAGCCUGGCACCAGGAGGCUGCCCUGUGGGUGCUCCCUUCCUUCUGCCAGACCCAGACACCCAGACAGACCAACAGCGGGCAGGACACAGCCAUGACCCAGCUCCCAGGGCCUUUCCUCUGUGGAGCCCUGUUGUGUUGGGUCUGCUUGAGUGCUCCCGGGCUGGCUGUGGAGGUGGAGGUGCCCGCCGAGCCCCUGGGCGUGCCGCUGGGCAAGACCGCAGAGCUGACCUGCAGCUACAGCACGUCGGUGGGAGACAACUUCGCCCUGGAGUGGAGCUUCGUACAGCCUGGGAGGCCCAUCUCCGAUUCCCAACCUAUCCUGUACUUCACCAAUGGUCAACUGUAUCCAACUGGUUCUAAGGCAGAGAGGGCCAGCCUGCUUCACAACCCCCCCACAGGAGGUGUUGCCAGCCUGAAGCUGACUGAUGUCCGCCCCUCAGACACUGGAACCUACCUCUGCCAUGUUAACAACCCACCAGAUUUCUACACCAAUGGAUUGGGGCUAAUCAACCUUACUGUGCUGGUGCCCCCCAGUCGCCCCUGGUGCAGUCACAGCGGUCAAACCUCCGUGGGGGGCUCCGCUGCACUGAGAUGCAGCUCUUCCGAGGGAGCCCCCAGGCCUGUGUACAACUGGGUCCACCUUGGAUCGUCUUCUCCACCUUCUCCCGGCAGCAUGGUGCAAGAUGAGGUGACUGGCCAGCUCAUUCUCACCAAUCUCUCCCUGGCAUCUGCGGGCACCUACCGCUGUGUGGCCACCAACCAGAUGGGCAGUGCAUCCUGUGAGCUGACCCUCUCUGUGACUGACCCUUCCAAAGGCCGAGUGGCUGGGGCUUUGAUUGGGGUGCUCCUGGGUGUGCUGAUCCUGUCAGUUGCUGUGUUCUGCCUGAGAAGGUUCCAGAAAGAGAGGCGGAAGAAGCGCAAGGAGAUAUAUGGGGGUAGUGACCUACGGCCUUUUGUACACAUGGGCAGGAGGCGGAGGCCGGGUGUUGAGGCUGUCCUGAGCACUCAGCUGAGUUUGGUUCAUCUGUGUGGGGCAGUAAGGAAAGGAGGCAAAAGCAACCUGUCAUCAACUUUAGGGGUCAGCUGUGGAGUCAGAAUAGGGACCAGAGCAAUGUUUCUCCAAAUGUGGUCCUCAGAUUACCUGGACAGAAAUCACCGGAGUGUGUUAAACCUUCAGAUUCAGGCCACUUCCUAUCCCUCCAGAAGCAGAAUCUGUGUGUGUGUGGGUGUGUGUGCGCGCGCGCGAGCCAGAGGGUGAUGGGGCCUGGAAGCUUCAUUUCAACCGAAGUUCCACGAUGAUUCCCAUGCACAGUAAAAAUGAAAAGUCCCUGGGUCAGAGGAAAGGCGUGCUCUGAGGGAUGCUUCCAGCGUUCACUAACAAUUGCCUACAUCCAUCAGGGAGGAUGCCGUUGCACCUGGGAUUUCAGAGCAAACUUCUGUGAGGGCUGAUUCUAGCAAGGGGCUCCUGGAGAGCGCCCCCUCUGCCAGCACUGUGACAACCACCAAGUCCAAGCUCCCUACAAUUGUCUGAUUUCUCUCUGGAUUCCUGAGGGGGAAUACAAAGAAUUAAAGCCUUUGGGUGCCA